ACCCCCACGGCGCUUGUUAUCCAUCCACCACGCAGCCGCCUUCUCCUUCCGGGCCUCUCGCCGUCUUCCUCCUCCCCACCGCCCUCGCCUCAAAACCCCCGCCCCCGCCCCCGCCCCCUAAAAACCCUAGCCCUCGAAUUCUCCCCCGCCCGCUCGGAGCGUACGGCCCGCUACACAGGCGCAUGGCGUCCUCGACGGCCGCCAACCUCUGGGUGCUGCUGGGCCUCGGCAUCGCCGGCGUCCUCCUGGCGGCGAAGCGGCUCAAGCGGCCGGCCCGCCCGGACCACGGCGCCUUCGUGUCGCGCCUCGAGCUCCUGCCGCCUCCCCAGCCCCCGCCGCCCCAGGCACGCCACCCCCUCACCGACCUCUGCUUCGCCAUCGCCGACGCAUUCCAUGUCAGUGGCUAUAUAACAAGUUUCGGCAGCCUAGAAUGGGCGAAGACACACGAUGAAGCAACACAAACAUCUCUAGUGGUUUCAACUCUUGUAGACGGUGGUGCUAUUUGUGUUGGGAAAACUGUUAUUGAUGAGAUGGCAUAUAGUAUCCAUGGCGAGAAUAAACAUUUUGGUACACCAACAAAUCCUGCAGCUUCCGAUCGAGUACCUGGAGGAUGCUCAAGUGGAUCAGCUGUCGCUGUUGCUGGUGGCAUGGUAGAUUUCGCCUUGGGUAUUGAUUCCAUUGGAGGAGUAAGGGUACCAGGUGGCUAUUGUGGGGUACUGGCGUUCCGUCCUUCGCAUGCUGUUAUAUCCAACAGCGGUGUUAUUCCUGUAGCUCCUAGCCUAGACACUAUAGGCUGGUUCGCAAGGGAUCCGAUUGUAUUGCGUCGUGUUGGUCAUCUUCUUCUGAAAUUAUCUUAUACUGAUAUUCGUCUACCCAGACACUUCUACAUAGCAGAUGAUUGUUUUGAAAUUUCAAAGAUACCUGCAAGAAGGUUAACUCAGGUGGUCACAAAAUCUGUGGAAAAGCUGUAUGGAAGACAAGUCUUGAGUCAUGUGAAUCUUGGAAAUUAUUUGGCUUCAAAAAUACCCAGCCUUCGGAACUAUUCAAACGGGCAAAAGAAUGGGGACUCAAAGUUUUCUUCAUUGCAAGCACUUUCUAGUGCCAUGCAGUUGCUUCACAAGCAUGAAUUUAGAGAUCAGCAUAACGAGUGGAUAAACUCGGCAAAGUCGUCUGUUGAUGCUUCCAUAGUUGGUAAUUUGUCUGAUGAUGGUGAUUCGACUAUUAAUAUCAUCCAAGAUGUAAGAAAGGAAGUGCGCUUAGCUCUCAACACACUUCUUAAGGAUGAUGGGAUUCUGGUCAUCCCAACUGCUUUGGGAUGCCCUCCAAAAAUUAAUGCUAGGGAGCUCUCAUCUACAAGCUACAAUGCUGAGACAUUGUGCCUUCAAUCUUUAUCUAGUAUGUCUGGGUGUUGUCAGGUUACUGUUCCCAUUGGUACACAUGACAAGUGUCCUAUUUCGGUUUCCUUCAUCGCAAGGCAUGGUGGUGAUCGUUUUUUGCUGGACACCACUCAAGCCAUAUAUGCCACCAUCCAAGAGCAAGUUGAGAUCCUAGCAAAAUCUAAUGCUUCAAGUAAAGAGGCCAUGAACGAAGAAGCUGCUGAAGCUGCUAAAGAGAAAGGGAACAGUGCAUUUAAGGAGAAGCAAUGGCAAAAGGCAAUAAAUUUAUAUACUGAAGCAAUCAAAUUAAAUGGCAAAGUAGCCACAUACUACAGUAACAGAGCUGCGGCUUUUCUAGAACUAGCCAAUUACCGCCAAGCUGAGACAGAUUGCACUAGCGCCAUCGAUAUUGAUCCAAAGAUUGUCAAAGCUUAUUUGCGAAGAGGCACGGCAAGAGAGAUGCUUGGCUACUAUAAGGAGGCUGUCGACGAUUUUAGCCAUGCGCUUGUUCUAGAACCAAUGAACAAGACGGCCGGUGUAGCCAUUAACAGAUUAAAGAAGCUGUUUCCGUAAGUGCCAAGCCCAUGGAAUUAUUUCUUUGUGAAAAUAUGGCUGCUGAUUUUGUGCACAAACAACUUCUUCGUAUCUGGGGGAUGGAAUGGAAGUACCUGAGCGCAACGGAUCUGUGAUGCUACAUAUGCUCUGUGCGCCUUGCAAGGUACUGAAUCGUCAUUGCUGGUGGCGAGGGAGUUAUAUCAUCUGUGGAGUGAUUUCACUCGUUUCCCCCCAAGUUUUGAGAAAGCAAAGUAAAAAAAAAGCAUAGGUUUGGAGAGUAACGUCCCCAAAUGUGAUUUACCGAUGCCCUCUGGUCAUGUAUAAUAUUGAUUUUGACAGUUAUUUGUUGAAACAGCUUGAUUUUGCCAGUAAAA